AUGAGCUCCAAGUCCGUCACGGUGCAACCUUCACGAACCGCCCGCGAACUACGAACACAAGUCCAAAUACUUCCCGGUCACGCGAUUGACGCGCCAAAUAUACCGAACGCCUACCUAGACCAAAUAGACAACAUGCCAGAACCGACACCAGAGGCCGCGCCGCAAGUCGCAGGAACAGAACCUACGCCCAUCACAAAUGGCACCACUGCUACUGAGGCAGCGGACGUAACAAUGGCAGACUCCACAGAAAUACCCAUAAGCACAGAAUCACAGCCCCAGACAGCACCCCUCCCAGAAGCGCAGCCAGCACCCACCCCGGCACCCGUCUCAGCACCUACGCCAACACCUGCGCCCACAGCGCCAGCCUCGUCGCGCAACUCACCGCAUCCCACCGCACCACAGCAAGCACCCACACAACCCGUACCACACGGUAGCCCGACACGCGUGUACCUGAAUCAGCAUGUCACCCCACAUCUGUUGGAGGCAAUGAAGCAUCUGGCGACAAAUGAGCCAGAGAAACCAUUGAAGUUCUUGAGCGAGUUUUUGGCCAUGAAGAGUGCUGAGAUUGAGGGGUGAGAGCACUGCGCAUGGAGAGCAGCAAUAACAGGGUACAAGGGCACACGAGCCAUUGGAAGAGCGAUGGCAAGGGCUGGUUGCUACAAAGAUACAGUUUGAGAGCGCUGCUGUAACGACGCCACCGUAGCAAAGGAUGAAGAAAUGCAGCUAGGCUAUGGACGGCAUGCAGUAUGCAGUUGGAUCUGUUCGUGAGGGCAGCUUUGGAGCAGGGUGUAUGGCGCAUGGGUUCCACAUAGAUACCCACACGACUGAUAUCACGUGCAAAGGAUGAGGAAAUGCACGAGAAUGUGUUUGAAUUGAUG